CACACAACUGGCCCCCUUCCAAUUAAAGAAGAGAGCUUAUGUUAUUGAAGAGCAGCUUAGCCAAUCAGGAGACAGUGCAGGAAAAGACGGCAGGAAAAAAGCAGCAGAGCGAGUGGGCAAGAGGAAGAAAAAAAACUGCAGUGUUGUCUCGGAGCCUGUGGAGAAGGGGAAGAGCUUGGUGUCCAGAGGAGAGCAACCUGCACAAACGGGUUUCUGACUGACAACAUUCUCACAGUGAUUACCUCCGGCCCCUUCAAGAAAUCGAGAUUUUUGCUGGACCGUGUGUGCAGCCUAAAUGACGAAGUGGAACUUGUUCAAGCAUCAGACAACGCCCAUGGUAGCUGCUAACCCAACGGGGGCCAGUGCUUUAACUGUGACCCCAGGCCCUGUCGCAUUAGUCUCCACUGAGAACUCCACCGAAAUCGUCGACAGGAACGAUGGCUUCGACGAGAUCAAAAACAAGUUCCUGAAUGAAAUCGACAAGAUCCCACUGCCGUCCUGGGCCAUCAUUGCCAUUGCCGUGGUCGCUGCUUUACUCAUUCUAACAUGCUGCUUCUGCAUCAUCAAGAAAUGCUGUUGCAAGAAGAAGAAGAACAAGAAGGGCAAGAAGGGGAAGGGUGACAUGGGAAUGAAGAACCUGAAAGGGGGAGAGAAACAACAGGAUGAUGAUGAUGAAGAGGAUGAUGUCGAACCUGGACUGACUGGAGAUGAGAAAGAGGAAGAAGUGAAGGAGAAAGAAAAGCUCGGCAAGCUGCAGUACUCCAUUGAUUAUGACUUCCAGGAGAACAAGCUGACUGUGGGAAUCCUGCAAGCAGCUGAUCUCCUCUCCAUGGACAGCGGUGGCACCUCGGACCCCUACGUCAAGGUAUUCGUCCUCCCCGACAAGAAGAAGAAGUACGACACAAAGGUUCACAAGAAAACGCUCAAUCCCGUCUUCAAUGAGACCUUUACCUUCAAGAUUCCAUUCCAAGAGAUGGGAGGAAAGACUCUGGUAAUGUCCGUCUAUGACUUUGAUCGCUUCUCUAAACAUGACGUCAUCGGAGAGAUUAAAACACCCAUGAACACCCUUGACCUGGCAAAGCCAAUUGAGGAGUGGAGAGACCUGGACAGCGCAGAUCAAGAAGAGCCGGAGAAGCUGGGUGACAUUUGCAUCUCUCUGCGUUACGUCCCCACUGCUGGCAAACUUACCAUCUGUAUUCUGGAGGCCAAGAACCUGAAGAAAAUGGACGUGGGCGGACUGUCAGAUCCCUACGUGAAAAUUAACCUGCUGCAGAAUGGAAAGAAGCUGAAGAAGAAGAAGACGACAGUGAAGAAGAACACUUUGAAUCCGUACUACAAUGAGUCUUUCAGCUUUGAGAUUCCUCUUGAGCAGAUGCAGAAAAUCCUAGCUGUGAUCACAGUGCUGGAUUAUGACAAGAUUGGCAAGAACGAUGCCAUUGGGAAGAUCUUGGUGGGAAGCAAGUCCGCGGGGGCCGGGCUGAAACACUGGUCCGACAUGCUGGCCAACCCCCGUCGCCCCAUUGCCCAGUGGCAUCCACUGCAGCCAGAGGAAGAGGUGGAUGCUGCCCUCGCAGCUCUGAAUGCCAAGAAGUAAACUCCCCCCUGAACACAUCGUCCCCACCUCCUCCUUACCUACCCAUGCAUUUCCCACCAUUCCCCCAGGUCCCACAUAUCAGUGUAUAUUCCAUACCCCAACCCCCACCACCACCACCCUCCUCCUCCUCCUCCUCUUCCUCCUCUUCCUCCUCCUCUGCCGCCACCUUUCAAAAGAUCCAUUCAACAUGAUGGGAAAUAUAGUUUAAAAAAAGCAUCAUGUUAUAUGAAAUCAUGUCAUUGAAAAAAGAAGACAAGUUACAGGAUGGACAGAUACUCCGUUGAUUUCAUUUAGAUCUAUUUUUGUAUUGGGGUUGUGGUUCCAUUAAUAAGAAUACAGAGUAGACUACGAAGAACAAUAAGAGUGCUAUAUGGGAAUCUGGUGAUAGAGGGGAUAACACAUUCAUUCACUCAUAUUGUACUUCUCAGCCCUUCCCUUUAGUGACACAGUUUGCUUAGAGUAGUGCUUAAUAAUAAAAUGCUUUAUACUGCCAUAUGAUAGAGAAAUAACACAAGCAGGUCCAUUCCUUAGGUGUUUUGUGCACCAUGUUCCACACCUGCCAGUUAUCAUACGAGAUGAUUCUGUUAGUUUGAGUACAUUCCUAGAGUUGGGUAGCAAGUAGGGAUAGGCACAUAUCCAGUUACCCACAAACACACUGCCUUUUUGAUUAGUUAACCUUCCACCCAUCGUCUCAGGAAAACUGAGAGGAAACUGAAACUCCAUGCCUUUUUUUCUAAACGGGUUCUUAUUAUUCAAAUACUCCACUUGAUGAGAAUGAAACGUCAGAUCCAAAAGCUUGAGCGCUUGUUUUUUUCGGUGACGUAAGGCUCGCGGCUAGUGUUAGUUCAUCCAUGAAAUGGUACGUCCGGGAACAGGGAGUGGUGGAUUUUCAGUAAAAAAAACAACAAAAAAAGGGUAUUUGUGUAUUUUUUGACUGUGCAAAACGGCUGUGUCUGUCAUUUGAAUAACAAAAAGCAAGGAAAUAUCAGAGCGGGUUCAACAGAGACUGAUUCCAACCACCAAUGACAUGAUAUUUGCAAGGUGUCGAUUACUGCCUGCAGUCUACCACCUCCCCUCCCAACGCCUCUGAUUCUGUCUCUCACUUGUUCAGUGCUACUGCCAUUAGUCAUGGACUUGACACAAGGGUUUUACUUCAAAGGAAUCCCUAUAACCGUCUUACAGUCAUAAAGGAGACAAGCCUUCAAAGUAACAAAAUAAGCAAUUUUCAACUACCAGGGACGCCUUCCAGUUAGCGGUGUUGUUCUCUUCAUUUCUUUAUCUCCUUUUCCUUUUAUUUAGUUUAGUUUACACUUUUAUUCCUCAAGCACUUUAAAUCCAAAUGUUACGUUUAAGUACCCUCAGAAACCAGAGCUUUAAUUAUUUGUGUUAUUAAUAACAGCUGGUUUUAAGAAAAAGAAAAGAGCAAGGGAAGUGCAUUGUGUAACUUAGUUUGUCGUUGCUUUGUUUCGGCUCGGCUUUUUGUAUCUGUGUUUUUGAUUGUUUGAAUAUUACGUUUCUCACUUGAUUGCAAGGAUAUGGUCUGGAAGAAGGCACCGAUCCGUGUGUAUUUUAUACACAGCUUAUCAAACUGUUGAAUUUAAUUGCACUACUGGGUAUUAUUCUGUUCUGUGUUUUUUAAUGAUAACAAUGUUGUGAGAUUGAAUUUUUCUGUGGCACAUGUGGCAUGCCAGACAGGUCUCCUCAUAUAAAUGGACUCCUCUGAAAAGAAAAGAGACACAUUACAAUCUAAUGCUCCCUGGUUACUGCGAUCCUUGAAAUUAGUUCAGUGUAUUUAUAAAUUAAUAUUCUGUUGAAGAGGAAUUUUAAGGACGAACUUUGUGACAAAAUCCAAACCGUUGUUUGACCAAAACUCGGCCUCAAUAAAUUGGUGAAUCGGGCGCUCGGGCCUCGGUACACCGCACCUGCUCGCAGGUCGAGUUACUAAUUAAAAUCAGUGCUGUCUGUGAACACCAACAGCAAAAACUACCCGUCGACUGUGUGCAAGGAAAAUGCAAGGUCGAUGUAAAUCAAAUGUAGACAGUACCACAAGUUUUUUUUUAAAUUGAAUUAAUGUCGGCUCUUGUAUCUUUCGCUGUUGGAAAUUGUAACUCUUUAUUUUUUUAUAACCAACAUAGACCAUGUUCAGAUUUCAGUUUUUCAUCUCGCAUAAUAUUUUUCCUCUGUUGAUGAAGCAGCACUAAAGAAAAGGCAACAUGGAAGCAAUCAAGCAACCCAUUGGUGUGUAGUUUUGCCUAUAUACAUAGUUCAUACACGUUGAUACUGCAUGUUUAUACAAAAUACUGUACAUAGGAGCAUGUUUUAGAGACAAAGCAAAAAUAUCUCGUGUACGUAAAUGGGUGUCAUUUGUCAUUUUAAUAACACAAAGGAAGGGGAAAAAAAGAUGCACUGUAUAUUUUCUAAAUGAAACAAAUGUGUAUUUAUUUUCCAUGAGGGUCAUUGGAGAGAAUGUCAUACAAAUAUUAGAGUAAUAUUACUAAUAAGAACCUUUCCACGUCUGAAAUUCUUAAGCAAGUGUGUCGUCCAGUACUGUGUGUGAGUUCAUGUAGGAUGAAAAUGUAGCCGCAUGCUUGCUAUAUAAUUCCUUGUGAUCAAACAUUUUAUUUGACACCAUUUAUUUGCCAUACAUUUUGUUUCAGCACUUAUCUGAAGGCCAAUGUUUGACUUUUCUGGAUUUUAUUGAUAUUGCUUUUUUUUUUUUUUUUUUUUUUUUUUUUUACAAAAUAUGUUUCAACUUUUUUAGUGUUUGAGAUGGGGGGGAGGGUCUCCAAGUCUAUAAGAUGACUAUUUUCUAAUAACAUAUUUGGCCCGGUGUUAUUCUGAAAUAAGUCAUUAGAAGAAGAUUGAAUAACUCUGCGAUCUGUAGGUGGAUUGUAGGAGUUGUUAUGUGUGCCAGUAAUGAAGUCUGUUGGAUCAUAUCUUUGUAUGAAAUGCAUUUCGAGGGGCCAAAAGAUGAAUAAUCUCUUUCCAGUGACUUGGAAUCCCUUCUUCAACUCUCUCUCUCUCUCUCUCUCUCUCUCUCUCUCUCUCUCUCUCUCUCUCUCUCUCUCUCUCUCUCUCUCUCUCUCUCUCUUUACUUGGACGUUUUUAUUUUUCACUUCUGAAGUAUUUAAAUGACCUGAAACCCUUCACGGCUGUGUCUCUUUUACUGUGUUUAUUAUACAAUACGUGUAUGUGUAUACAAGAUAAAUGAAUAAGAUAAAACUAAAGCCAUAAAACUCAAGCACUAACUCUUUAGAGCUCAGCUGAGGAGCUAGAGUUUAUUUAUGAAGAAAAAAAAAAAUCUGACAUGUCUUCAUUUUCCUUGGCCAGUGUUUCUCUUUUACAUUCCGUUCAGAGGUCUUUGUUCAUCAAGAGGGCAAAAUCCACUUUUCUGUAUAUGUGAGCUUUGAGAAGUUGUGAGUUUAGUAGAGUGAGUGUGUCUUUUUCUACUUUCCGAGCUGUUGAUGUCCUUGUUUCAUAGAGGUAGCUGAUUUUACAGUAUCGUGAUUAGUAACGUAUAUGCCUUGUUUUGAUAGUAUAAAUACUAGAUAUAUCACAAUUCUCAAUAAUACUGCUAAAAGUCUAUGUAUAUAUAUAUACAUAUAUAUAUAUAUAAAACAUGAGAGUGUGUUCUUUUCUUGGGCUGAGUGCAAUUUAUGAACCAAACUGGGUCACGCUUCAAGUUUCUCUUCUUCCGGUUUAGCAGCAGAAUGUACUCGUGACCACACGUACAAUCAAUAACGCCCUGCUGGUGAUCUGCGGCUCACGCUGAUGGGUUUUUGUUGGUUCGUUUGGCAUAUUGCUCAAGCAACAAAACAAUAUAGUUGGAGAUCCGACGACAUUAAAGCAAAAAAAGAGAGAAACUUAAAGUGCCGCCCAAGUUUUAGGCCUGAAUCCCUCCCAUAGAACUAUGCAUAGCGUUAUGAUUUUCACAAACAUAUAGAAAAAUACGUAUUGUGUCAUGAUGGGACAUUAAAGGAGGAGUUCCAAAAGUUGGGAAAGACACUUAUUUGCUUCCUUGUAGAAAGUUGAGAAGAUGGAUACCACCGUCAUAUCCAAGAGUGGUAUCCAUCUUCUCAUACAUCUCUUUGGCAAGAAGGCGAAUAUGCGUAUGUCUCAAAAUGUUGCACUGUUCCUUUAAGUUUACCUCAGUUGCCAAAUUUUCUCUGAAGUAAACGUUUAAACUGCCAUCUAUUUAUCCUGGCAACAAUCUCCAAUGUGUUGCGCAACGCCGCACAUUGUCUAAUGCAAUAUUAUAUUUAUUCAAUGUCCCAUUAUUGUUACUGACUACGACCAAAUGAUGCACUGAGAACAAUUCAAAUACAAGAUUUCAGUGUGUUUCACAAAAUACUGCCAGUACCUGAAGACAGUCGCCUGCGUCCGUCAACACUGUUUGAAUCUACAACGCCAAAAUUCAAACAGUUUCACGCGGCAGCAAACAGAACACAUUGAGAUGAUGAGGCAAAAAUGUUAUUACAGGUCAAGUUCUAGCAUAUUUAAGAGGUUUAUUUCCUUUUACUGCUUGGGUCACGACGGUCACAUGACAUCUAGGUUCUAUGGGGGACAGAGACUGGGAGCUGUGUGUGCUUGUGUGUGUGGGAUAAACGGAUGACGUGUAGGCCCUUUAGCAGACAUGGUGCAAAAAACACAGCACUAGAAUAUAUAAAUACAAUAUACAGUACAGGUCUGCAUGCAUGGGACACAUUAUUCAUUCUUAAAUGUACAUCUUUGUGCGUAUGACCGUAAUACUCAAACAAUCUUAGUUCUAUUUUAAAUAUGGGGGUUAUUUUGUUCUUUUGAUGGCCGUGUAGAUGUACAAUACCUUAUGCACAACUGCAUCUGAAACUGUGAGCUGUUUCAGCUGAGUUUUAGAGCACCAUUCUCACAACGAGCUGUUUUUAUUUUCCUUUUGUUUAUUUUAAACAAACGCUGGGAUUUAAAAAGGGAAAACAUCCAAAGUUCAGUAGAUCAUUACCCACCCUGUCUAAAUGUGUUGAGAAGCCUCUCAGCGGGUAAAGACACCACUUUGAAACAUGUUGUCUUGUCUCCUCUAUUACUCGCUGUAUUUCUUCUUUGUAUUCUUGUGCAUAUGUGUAAUCACUCCUUCUGUCUUUAUUUGUUUCCGUGAUGUAUACUUCUUCUAAUGUAGAAUGUAGGACUGUAUUUGAAUCAAUGUCAGAAUCACGUUUGCUUUCAUUUGUGUCUUUGUCCUGUUUACGUGUAACCAGCUAUGUACCAUCAGUAUCAUUAUGCUGAAUAGGAAGCAAGCUCGUUGAUUUCUCCACUGAUUCUGCUCUUGCUGAGCGUAAAGAAUGCCGGCCUUCAUGUUUACAACAUGGACAAACCGUAUACUGCCAAACAUGCAGGACCGAACCAAACUCCCUUCUUGAGCGCUUAGUCCUCCACCUCUCAUCCCUGAUGCAACUGUAUUCUCCAAUCUCUUUACUUUUUUCACCUCUUUCUCUUCUUCAUCAUCUUUUAAAAGCGAUCGGAGGACAGUCAGGUUGUGUCCUCUAGCUGUGUUUCUUCGUGUCUAGUGUCGUGGUGCGCGUGUUCAUGUCAGUACUUGUGCCUACUGUGGAUCGCAUGCUUUAGCCCUUGACUGGACACAAACGUUGCUCACAAACUCCUCUUGACCCUUAUGUGGACAAACGUUGGGGAUCCUUAUAAAGUUAUCAAGGGAACCAAAUAACUUAUUACAAAUUUAUCAUAUGUGUUACCAGUUCUGUAAAAAAAACAAAUAGGAAAUAAAGGCCUUUUAAUUACCA